AGGAGGGUGAGGCGGGCCGUUAGCCUAGAGCAGCCGGGACCGGGUGUGGCGCAGGGCGGGCCUGGAAGUGGAGGCGGCCCCGGGCCGCCCCGCCCUCCUCGUCCCGGCCUAGACCCACCACUGGGCUCCGGCUGGCUUCCAGGAGUCUGUCCACCUUCCCCCGCUGUCCCUCCCGGCGGCUCCCUGAGACUACGCCCCGCGCGGCCCGAGGCAAGGACCCCCUCCUCGGCGGACAGCUGGGACAGUGGGAGGAGACGGGGAGUGUCCGAGAUGAGAGGGGACCGUUGUCGCCCGAGUGUCUGCUAGCCGAGCUCGCGGCAGAGUACGCUGUUUGUGAGACCAGGCUUACCAGGUCCUGUGUUUUGUGGGACCAACUUUUCUAACAGCAGGUGUGAUCUUAACCAACAGGUCCCUGGUUAGUUUGUUAGUGUUCCAGAAAUUUGUUUUAGGCGUAGAUGCAUGGCCCCAUAUUGUUCCCAAUAUGUUCCGUAUCUGCCUCGGGACUUUGGAUUCCAGCUUCUUGUUGAUGAGAACCUGGGAGUGGAGACAGGAGGCAGUAAUGCCACCCCCCACCCCACCCCCAAGUGAGUUCCUGCUACUCACGUGAAAGACCUGGAUUGAGUUCCCAAUUUCCGCCCAGGAUUUGAUGGGGACAUUUGGCCAAUGAACCAACCCACAGGACUGCUCUGUUUCAGCUCUGCAAAAGAACCCUUUUGCAGCAGUAGAGUAGUGGUCAGCUUGAAGGUGUCCUCAUGCCUCCUCCCGCGGACCAUGUCCAUGAUCUUUUUUGCCACCGUGGUACGAGUGAGGGAUGGACUGCCCCUCUCAGCCUCUACUGACUUCUACCACACUCAGGAUUUUGUGGAGUGCAGGAAGCGGCUCAAGAAGUUAACCCUGCGACUGGCCCAGUGUCCAGGCCGAGGCUCUGCAGAAAGCUGUGACUUCAGGAUACAUUUUUCAGCUUCCGGGGAUGUGGCCUGCAUGGCUAUCUGCUCGCGCCAGUGUCCUACAGCCAUGGCCUUUUGCUUCCUGGAGACACUGUGGUGGGAAUUCACAGCAUCCUAUGACAGCACCUGCAUUGGCCUAGCCUCCAGGCCCUAUGCCUUCCUCGAGUUUGACAAUGUCAUUCAGAAAAUAAAGUGGCACUUUAAUUGCAUAACCUCCUCCCAGAUGAAAAGCAGCAUGGAGAAAAUUCAGGAGGAGCUUGAGGUCCAGCCCCCCGUGGUUCUCACUCUGGACGACGUGGAUGUGGCAAAUGGGGUGGUGAACGGUCACGUGCCGAUGCACUUGCAGCCUGCUCCCCAUGUCCGAAUGGAGCCGGUGACCGCCCUGGGCAUCCUUUCGCUUGUCCUCAACAUCCUGUGUGCUGCUUUGAACCUCAUCCGUGGGGUUCACCUUGCAGAACAUUCCCUGCAGGUUGCCCAUGAGGAAAUUGCAAACAUUCUGGCUUUUCUUAUUCCUUUUGUAGCCUGCAUUUGUCAGGUUUCAGUUCAAAUCAUGGUCCUGAUCAAGCCCAUUGUGAAAGAACUUGAUGCCCCUCCUGCUUUUUACAGAGGAAAAACUUUGGGCUCAAGAGGGAAAAGUCAUUUGUUUAAGACCACAGGGCCAUUAACUGCAGCAGAAAGAAGCCGAGAGUUUGAAUUUGACUCCCCAGAAGGGAAGGAUGAGAAUGCGUGUUACCUGUACUUGUUCUACAGUCCUGCCAGGACUAUGAAGGUCGUGCUCAUGCUGCUCUUCAUUUGCCUGGGCAACGUGUACCUGCACGGGCUGCGGAACCUCUGGCAGAUCCUUUUCCACAUCGGAGUGGCUUUUCUGUCUUCCUAUCAGAUACUGAGCAGGCAGCUCCAGGAGAAGCAGUCGGACUGCGGAGUGUGACGACCACACCAGGCAAGGAGCGGAUCCUUGGGUUCCUGUCUAGAACCCAACCGUGUUUCCUUUCAAGCUUCUCAACUGCUCCUUGAGUUUCCUUCCUUGAAGUUUUUUUUCAUCCAGCCCAGACUGAGACACCAAGAAUGGUGGAUUUUUUAACAGAGCCAGUACAAGCUGUAAGUGCACCCAGGACCCAACUUGGUCUCCUGAGGAGCUCGUCCACCUUCGGAUGGAAGAGCCUGCGGCUGGCUCGGAAAGAGUGUGAUUACAAAGGCCGAAUAGAAGUCUUUAGGACACAAUAAACCACUAGAUUUGCUAAUGCUAGUGCUACUAAUUGGCAAUGGUCUCCGAGGAGCCACUUUACAACCUGAAUGUGACUUGGUGAGUUGUUUGUAGAGUCCUACAGGGUGAAUUAGAAACUUUAAAAUAUGGCUCCUACACAUCAGCUAGCCACAUUUCGUUUACAUUUUUUGAUAAGUUUGGUUCAGUGUACCUUUGGAAUAUUUAAAUAUAUUUUUGGAUAUAAAUUGAACUUCACUUAGAGUAAAGACAGACUUAAGCUGAGAAAAUGGUCAAGAAAUCCGAGUUUAAUUUAUAUAUUACCUGUGAUGGUAGUGAGACUGUGUAGGUAUAGAAAUGUUUUGUAUUUACAUGCCGAAUAGGUCUGAAUAUUUUUAUAGUUAAUUGAGUAGCCAGUACUGCUGGAUUAUAGGGUUAUAAGUUUGAAGAGAAAUGAGAAUUUCAGAAUUUCUUACAAUUGGCCACAAACUGGAGUAGGUGAGUGCUAGGGAUUCAGUGAUACCUCAGUUGCAUGAGUUUCAGUGACAAUGAAUACUUGGUCCUAUAUGCCUGUUCCUAGAAUUCCCAAAUUAAUUCCCCCUCUACACCUUUCCCAGGACUCCUGAUUAUAUCAAGGGCCUCACUUUUGGUUUUUAUGGACAGAGUUAAGUCACUGUUAAUUUUCUAAAGCUUUAUAAAAUGGACCUCCCAUGUACUCUGAAAUGUUACUUUCUUUCGUUGUCAAAUAAUGUUCAUCGUGGUCUCCAAAAUAUGUUUCUGAAUAGGAUCCCUUUGGUCUCCAGAAAUGCCAUCCUGAGUCACACCUGGGAAACCACUUUAGGAGUUUGUCCUUUGGAGCAUCUUUGGUAGAAGUCUGGAGUUGAAAUAGCUCAUCCAUAUUGCGUGGAAUACUUUGGGUAGAAUUGUGUGGUCUUGAUAUGUUUUUUAAAAUCCCUGUUUUGAUGUGGUUUUUUUAAGUGGAAAAUUACUUACAGUAGUUUAUAAGUAAGUGGGGAGAGCAGGGAUGUAGUUUUUAAGAAAUUUAUUAUAUUUGGUUAUUAUUGGUGCGGUAUUGUUACUGAGCCACCUUGGUAUCAUGUUAAGAAAAACAAGUUUAUGUGACUGGAAACUGUUGGGGGAAUGUUGCCAUAGGAACUAUUUUCUUAUAAUAGAAGUUUCUAUUUUUAACCAAACAUAAAAUAUCUGGAUAGGAAAAUUAUAUUGGCAAUAUCUGCAGAUGUAAACUUCAAAGUUAUCUCUCUGUUGGUCUCUCAUCUGCAUAAUUUUCUGCCUACCGAGCAGGUGAAUUUUUAGUCUUCUGGGGAGAUAGUUUUGAGAAGGUGGUAGAGUAAAAUGGAAAACCAAGGAGGGAAGGAGGACAAAUUAUUUCUGAAUAGGAAGUUCACACAGACACUCGCACAUACAGCUUUAAAAUUAAAAAGCACCUCAAAUGUGUCGCUUUUUGCUUUGAGCCUGUGUGGUAUUGGUGUGGCCGUGGAGUCAUGUAGCACAGAUGCUUCAGGGCUCUGAGCCUUAAUCACCUUCAGCAAGCAGUGAAUACACAAGCCUGGAAAGUGAAGCUUCCUAGUGAACGCUGGUGCCCACUGGAACACACCUUGGUCUGCAGCAUCUAACUGUGAUUGCAGAUUUACUUUUGCAAACAAAAGGAGAAAAAGAUGCACAUGAGAAACAGCACAGAUAAUAACCACAAAAGCAUUGUUGAACCGAAAUCCAGCUACAAGAAACCUCUGGUCUCUGGAAGAGGAGACCGAUGACCAAGGUGGAGCCCCAUCUAGGGAAAUCCCCAAGUUAGGGUCAACCUCUAGGUUUGUGGUCUGCUGCGGAACCCUUGAUGUCAGCAAGCUGGCCCCACAGUCCUGAGUUAUUCUCAGCCCACAGCCGACUCAUUGCUCUUUCCAGAACCUUGGUUUUCCCUGUGAGUUAGCACUGCCUGCCUAACCGACCUCAUGGGGCUGGAUCUGGGAGCUGAAACCUUGUAGGCGCCUUCUGGCUGUGAGACGCUGCAGGAUCUUAAGUGUGGACGUGUGUUAAGUCCUGUGCACUGUCUCAGUGCUGUGGAAAUGGGGCUCAGUGCUCUGAGCUGAGGCUUCCCACGCUGGAGCCAAAGCCCAUGGAGCGAAGGCAACAAGUAGAAUCUGGUUUUCUUUCCCAGGUUAGUCUGAUGUGAUGAAGGGCGUGUGUUUACUGUGUUCCAUGUCCCUGGUGGAAACAGCUGGGACACAUCUGGGUACCAUUCUUACUCAGUCCCAUAGGUCCACUGCCUGCAGAAGCAGGAAGGUGAGACCCAAGGCCCUGGUUUUGCUGUAUGGGCUUGCAUCCCAUUAUCAUUCUGUGGAUGUGCACCAGGGCCCAACAUUUCAAAGUUUUUUAGGGUGGUUGAGGCCAAAGGUGUCACAAGAAACUCUGAAAUUAAAACAUGUGAUCCUUUCAGUUGGUCUCACUUUGGGCGCCUCUGAUCUUCUGUUGGCGCCUCCCUCUACCCCCAUUCUUCACCUCUUUGUACCCCUGCUCCCACACUGCAGCCCUGAAGACAAGGCUUGAAAAGGGGUCUCUGGGUGGGGGCAGGGGGUGAAAUCCACCUUGAACUGAAUGACUACAAUGGGUAGAGGAGCUUCAGAGUGGGAGCUGUUGGCAUUGAAGUCCAACUCUCUGACCCACACCAGGUACCAGGUAUCUGGGAAGAGGAGAGCUGUGGUUAUCAGCACUGCUCAGGGUGAGACACACCAGCUAGUGGCCUGGGCAUGGGAAGUGGGGGGGAUCCAAGGGGAACAGAGCUAGGGGCUCACUCUGAGAUGCCCACUGUUGCCCAUUGGCAUGUGGGAGUCAUAUGCUGUGCUUUGAUCCAGGGCUGCCUUUUGCUGUUCCGUGCAGACUGUCGGUCACUGUGACAUGCUGGACCGUGUUGCUUGUAGUGCAAGGGAGGACAGGCAGGGAGGGGAGGGUUUGCAGCAUCCUGUGUGCCCAGCACAUCCAUGCUUAGACACUGCCCACAUGCCACAGGUCCUUCUAUGGGUCUGGGAAAGCUGUGCACUGUGUUGAUGGUGGAGGAAGGGAGAGUAGAUGAGCCCUUGAGGGAUGAGGUAGGGGAGCCGAUGAAGAGGGGAGCACUGGGUGCAGGAGGACAAAGGCCCUGAGUUCACCUGGGACACACAGGCUCUCCAGCAUGUGUCAACACAGGACAGCCGUGUUUGGCCUCCAGGAAAAGGCCUUAUACGGCACUGUGGUGUGCACAGCCCCAUUCUUUCAUUCCAGAAGUAUAUUGGCCUCCUGCUUCCUAGGCCUAAACCCCUUGGUUCCAUGAAGGCUUCCCAGUUGUAUGGAUUGGACCAAACUUCACAGCUUGUCCUCUACCAAACUAGGUAGGCUCUGGUUGUCCCAUGUGGGAGCGGUGAUGUCGAGUGUUCGUUGCUGGGGAUACCUUGUCGGCAGGGAGCCUGUGGAAAAGGGCUUGUCAGGAAAACCUGGGAAUGGCAGGACGUGGAAACAUCUGCCAGUGUGUACCGAUGGCAGGGCUGUGGCCCCCAAGCACCUUCUGUUUAGGCUAAAAUUAAACCUGUUCUGUUCCGCUAACCAGUGCUUUGUACAUAAUGACCUUCUUUAACCCUUGCAGGAAUCUGGAGUUGCUGCACAAGUAUUAUUUAAUGAGCUGUUGAAUCGACUUAACUCUCAAUAUUCUCUUGUGUUUAAUAGACAUUUGCUACUUACAGCAUUAAAGAUUGAAACAGAUGUAGCCAGGGCAGGCCACUGGGCUACUUACAUUGGCGUUGGUGUGGAGUGCUUGCUGGCUGUGCUGUGCAAGCUUCUGGCUGUCUUCAUACAAUAGGCAGGAUGGAUUCUGAGUGCAUGAUGGGUCCUUUUGAACAGACUUUACAUGGAUGUAAAACCCUAAUCCUAUGUUAAGGUGUGUAAAGAACAUUGUAGAGCUGUUUAUAUACUAUGUAUAUAAAUUUAUAUAAAUUAAGCGAGGUGGCUUCCGAAGUGAGAGAAUAAAUCUAAGGUGUUCGUUAAA